AUGCUGGCUGCUGAUUGGCGGGCUGAGGAGAUUGCGGUCAUCUCAGCCUUGUGCACCGAUGAGACUUUCUUUGCGGCGGCGGCGAUGGAAAGUUCAAUAACUGAGGCGAUCCUCGGCGGCAAGACAGAUAAAGCCAAAAGUCUACUCGAGAAGUAUAAAAGCCUUGGUCCAAAAACAGCAGGCUUUGAUAUUCGCCAGAGUGGAGUUUUGUUCACAGCAGCUGAAAGCAACAAUCUGGAGCUGGUAAAACUUUUGCUACAGGAAUUCCAGGCUGACGUCAACGUCGAGCGUGACGAUGAUCAUACUGUCUUGGGAGCGGCAGCAUAUAAUCACAAUGAAGAAAUGGUUGAAAUUUGUCUCAACUAUGGGGCCGACAUCAAUAAAGAUGAGAAUCAUGGAUCACCUUUGCAGGCAGCUUUGACGACUAGGCCUGGGGUAGAUAGAACUUUGAGGCUUUUACUUGAGCACAAAGCUGAUGUCAACAAAGAAGUUGGUUACUAUGGUAACGCUUUGCAAACGGCCGCCUUGCUUUGUGACGUAGGUAUCGUGAAGCUGCUACUAGAACACGGGGCUCUAGUCAACGCUCAAGGCGGAGUGUAUGGAAACGCGUUGCAAGCAGCUGCAGGCCGCCCUCACAGGGAAAUAUUCUUCGUGCUUCUAGAAGCUGGAGCGAAGAUUGAUGCUGAAGGUGGACUUUACGGAAGUAUGCUGCAAGCUGCAGCAGCAGGUGGGGAUGAGAAGAUACUUGAGUGCUCAAUCGCAUCUGGUGCCGAUGUAAAUACGCGUGGGGGCUACUACGAGUUUGCUUUGAUAGCAGCGGCAUACGAAGCGCAACUACAAAGUGUACAGUUCUUGAUUGCAAAAGGUGCUAACGUAAAUGCGCAAGGCGGGGAUUACGGUAAUGCUCUACAAGCUGCUGUUGUGAGUUUUGGCCCAGUAACGCUUGAAGUCAUCAAAUUACUAUUGGAAAACGGCGCUGACACGUCCAUUCAAACGUGGCGCUCAAAUCGAAACUCUCUGCUUCACGAGGCCGUUCGGACUCUUAACCUAGAUCUGUUCAAUGUGCUACUCAGUCGAGCGGACGCGAGUCUUCUUGAAUGCGGGAUAAUCUUGAGCUGCCAUAUUCUACCAGUCGAUACUGGAGACUGGCCAAAUUCAAGACAAAUUGAGGAAAAUGGCCUAGAAAUAGUGGAACAAAGAUGCGGUGUCUUCUGGCUAAUGUUUAAAAAGGAUGUUCCCCAAGAAGACGAUUCUGCAGAAGACGACUCUGAAGAGGAUGAUCAUCCUAGAAUCCGCUCACGGGUUCCGAAACGGGCAACCUUGCAAUCUCAAGCCUUCUAUCAUAACCUGGAAUAUUCAGGCAUGCCUGAGCAUGCAAUUGAUCUUUUGCCUCACUUACUAGAGAAAGCCGACCAAAUUUGGAAAUCCAACUUUGAUAUAUUCAGAUCACAUCUCUCUUUGCAGCGUAAAGAAGUUCUUCGAUCAGGUGGCAAUGGCCCUCGUCUGAUACAAGAUCUCCUACAUAACGCGCAAUUGAUUGAUCUCUUCAAGGACAGUCUUGAAGCUCAAUUCAAUAGACUUCUGGCCUUCGUAGAGGAGUACACUAGCGAUGCGUCUAUUAUGGCUCAUGAAAUGCCACUAGAUCAAGUUGAGUCCCGAAUGGCAGUAUUUCGCGCGUCAGUCAGAACCAGACAGGCUGUUGUUGAUGAAAACCUCAAGAAUUUGACGGGUAUGAUACAAAACCUAAUUCAACUGGAAUUCAACUUGACCUCCAUCUCGGAGGCUCAGAAAUCUACAUCUACGAAUCGGAGUUUGAAGCGCUUGACAUGGAUCACAAGUUUAUUUGGCAUGAACGUUGAUGUCCUCAAAGACAAUCCUGCGUGGUGGUGGUACCCCGUGCUUGCUGGUUCAACAACACUCAUCACUCUAGGAGUCUGGAUCACAUUCAAACGAAACAACACACUGGAGGGAAAUCUCGAGAGCAAAUUCAAUUUCCUCUUUCGUAAUCAAGCGAGGAGCCGCGACCUCGAAUCUGCGCCUCCAAAGGAACAAGAGAAGAGACAUGCGUUGACAAAGUCCUUCUCAGCAUUUGGGAAGAAACGUGCUUGA